UUAAUGUGAAAUUCAUACUCGUUCCUCUCAUCGUCAUGUGUUCGUCUUUUAACACAUUCUUCAUACAUGUUUGCAGUUUCUCCACUAAACUACACCAGCACCGAAAUGCAUUUACUAAAAUAUGCAAGUCAAUGAUGCCACUUCAUGGUCGCUUGAAAGACCGACUGAUGCUAUACUGUGCCAAACAUAUAUUCAGCAUAUUCCACUGUCUGUCUAAUUCUCACUGUAAACUUUAAUUGCAGUAUGUAACAAUAUUGCUUCAUUUGCACGACCAGAACAUGAGGAUAAACUCGACUUAUAGGCAAUGAUGCUGCAUUUUAAUUUCUUUUUUGGUGUGUUUUUAUAUUAUAUAAGGUAACUUGCAUCACCCAGAUGCUUUCUACAGACCGAAGAAUACACUAUGUUUUUUUACAUAUUUUUUUUUUCUUUCUUUUUACUGAAAAACUAAUGUGAACACUUCAUUACAUUCCUGGAAGAAGACUUGAGUAUCUAAAUGCACAGUCCAGGGUUGUAUAAAUAAAAAGGAGCCCCACCAAUAGAGGUUGUUGGCAAAUUAAUGUAUUUUAUUACAACUAUUUUCUUUUCUAAAGCAGUUGAAGCUUUGUUAAAAAAAAAAAACAACAACAAAAAAAACACAGAUUGAUACAGUAACACAGGUGUAAAUGUGGCCCAUAUUUUCUAUGUGAUGAAUGCUUUCUUUGAUGAAUUUUGUUUUAAAUACUUUGAAUUUUUAAGUGAAUACAAAAUAAUCCCAGGGAUUAAUAAUAAUCUUAAUUUUGCCACAGGUAAAGUUAAACAAACAGUUACACUCAGGCUGACAUAUAACACAAAGCAUUGCACAAUACACUUGCCGGCUAAAAGCACUUACAAUUGUUUAACUAUCAAAGUUUUUGAUAAAGACACAGCUCAGAGGAGAUCAGUGUUCUGAGAUUUGUAUAAUAAAAAAAUCAGUAAAGUGAAGUUCAAAAGCUGUCUGUGCAUGGCUCUCUUUUAUGACCACCAAUAUCCACCUUGCUUCACCAGUGUGGUGUGCAGAAUAAUCAUGAAGGCAUUAUUAGACCAGGAAUAUCCUGAGUUAGAGGCUACAGUAUGCUGAGCAUUGUAUAUUAGAUUAUUAGAUAUAUUAAUCAACCUAUAUUAGAUAUUAGAUUAAUCAAUCUGGAAAACACAAAUAAUUUUUCAAAAAAAUUGUUUUUGUUUUUAAUUUUUAAUGUGGUUGCAUCAGAAAAUUAAACGACUAAGUAUUUUCUACUAAGUGACUGAUAAAAUAACAGAAAACAAAAAUCAAUAAUUUCUGUUAAUUCAAUUUUUUUUGUGAUUUUUUUUUUAUGUUUUUUGCAUGCACUGAGAAUGGCCGUUGUGCGCAUCUUGUGAGACCUUGCAGGGUGAAAAAAGUGGCACUUCUGUCAUUUUAAUGAUUUAUGAGGCGGUUUACUGUUUAUGAUAUGAACCAGUAUUAUCCAGUUCACCAGUGCAGCUGUCAGGCCAAGCAUUUUAAUGAUGAUUACAUAAAGUCAGCGCCCCCCCAAAUGGGCUUUGGAAAGACAUUCUGGGUUAUCAGUUACAGAACAAGAGCGUCAUUGUCUCCUCUCAUACUAUUCAAACUGCAUCACAUGAUAACUGUCCAAACUCCCAUGAAGGUUUGGACCAUGAAUUAUUUCAUCGGUGAGGUUUAACACAGGAAACCCGGCACAGUGCACACAAGCAGGAAGGUGUAAUUGUGUGUACUUUGACUUGGUCACUCCUCCGUUCAUAACACAGACCAAGACCUGCUGUUGUGUACUAAAGUUUCUUCAUGCAUGUGCUGACUGUGAGCUAAAUGUCAGAUUACGGGUUAAACUGAGCAGUUGCUGCUCAUUAUUCUUUCGGCUGCAUUUAACCUGUGCAACAGUGAGCUUGCUGAUUUUGCAUCACAACAGAGCUGAAGUAUGACUCGUCGUGUGGCGGUGGUCGGAGCAGGUGCUUCAGGUCUAGCCAGUAUCAAGUGCUGCCUGGAUGAGGGCCUGGAGCCUGUCUGCUUUGAGAGCAGUGAUGACAUUGGUGGUCUGUGGAGGUUUAAGGAGAAUCCAGAGCCAGACAGAGCGAGCAUUUACCACUCUGUCAUCAUCAACACCUCCAAGGAGAUGUUGUGUUUCAGUGACUUUCCCGUCCCUGGGCACUUCCCAAACUACAUGCAUAACUCCCUCAUCAUGGACUACUUGCGAAUGUAUGCUGACCACUUCCAGCUCACCAAGCACAUACGCUUCAAUACCAAAGUCUUGCAGGUGAAGCAGAGACCAGAUUUUUCUCAUUCAGGCCAGUGGGACGUUGAAACCGAGAACAAGAACGGCAAAAAGGAGAGACACAUUUUUGAUGCAGUGAUGAUCUGUAUUGGACAUCACUGCCAGCCCAACCUGCCACUGCAUGACUUCCCAGGUAUCGACACGUUCAAGGGGAAGUACUUCCACAGCAGAGACUACAAGACUCCUGAGGAGUGGAGGAAUAAAACGGCUGUAGUGGUUGGCAUAGGAAGCUCUGGAGGAGACAUAGCAGUGGAGCUGAGCAGGGUCACCAAGCAGCUGUAUCUAAGCACUCGGAGGGGAGCCUGGAUCGCAAAUCGAGUUUCUGACAAUGGUCUUCCCCGUGAUAUGCUCAAUGACAGGAUGACUCAAUUCAUGCGCCGUAUCCUUCCCUUCAGAGUUAUCUGCAGCAUGGCAGAGAGAAAAGUCAACAAGAGAUUUGAUCACAGUCUGUAUAACUUGAAGCCAAAGCACAGGAUUUUCAACCAGCAUCCCACAAUUAAUGAUGAGCUUCCCAACCGCAUCCUGUCUGGAACAGUUCAGGUGAAACACAACGUCCGCAGGUUUCAGGGGUCCAGUGUGGAGUUUGAAGAUGGAAGUGUCGUGGAAGACGUCGACCUGGUGGUGUUUGCCACAGGUUACAAGUUUUCCUUUCCAUUCCUGGCCUCACAUGUGGUCUCAGUGUCUGAGAACAAAGUAUCCCUGUACAAGUAUGUGUUUCCUCUUGACUUGGACCGCCCCACUCUGGCUAUCAUUGGUCUCGUGCAGCCACUGGGAGCAACUAUUCCCCUCUCUGAGAUGCAGGCCAGAUGGGCCACACGUGUCUUUAAAGACAGCAUCAAGCUUCCCUCUGUGGCGUCCAUGCUAAAAGAUGUCCAGUACAAACAGGAGACAAUGGCUAAAAGGUAUUUCCCCACUCAGAGACACACCCUCCAAGUGGAUUAUCUCAGAUACAUGGAUGAGAUAGCAGAGCUGGUGGGAGUUCGCCCCAACUUCUUGAAGCUGCUGCUGACUGAUCCCAGGCUGGGACUGACUGUGAUGCUCGGUCCCGGUACUCCGUAUCAGUAUCGUCUCAAAGGGCCAGGAAAAUGGGCUGGAGCCCGCCAGGCCAUCCUCACACAGUGGGAGAGAGUGGCUCAGCCCAUGCAGACCAGACCCUGCUGUGAUCCCGAACCCAAGAGAUCAUUUAUGUGGCCUCUGAUCCUGUCAGCUUCUGCUGUGGGCUUGGCUGCAUACGUUAACAGGAGCAACCUUCCAGAUUUCCUGCAGGAUCCCACUAUACUGUUGGAUAAGAUAAAAGCGUACCUGCCUGUAUAGUGAUGUGCAAAUAUUUUUUAAAUUCACAUCUGAUGUGAUUAUGACUUUAUAAGACAUGCUGAUUUGCUGGUCGGCACUAGCUGAGUAUAAUAAACAUAGCAGAAAUAAAUUGAAAAAAAAAAAAUCUAAAUAGAUAUAAAUGUCAAAAUUAAACCCCAAUAAGUGUUAAAUUCUUAGUACAGUAACGUAUAAGGAAGCAGCAGCAUUUUAAUGUUCCAGCUGGUCUGUGUGGACAUUACUUUGGACCUCUGGCAGUUUCUACUACAUCACUCCGUCUCUGGGCUGGACAGUGAACUAAGAUAAUGCACACUGGUCAAUGAUGCCACCUAAUGGCAGCUUCUGAACUCAGCUGAUGUUUGCCUUGGAAAAAAAAACUAAAUGAAACCAUAUUUUUCUCUACAUAAUCUGUAUUUCAAACUUUGAGCAUGUGAGCAGAGACAGGAAGUGAGCAGAAUCAGACACAUGGAAAUGAAGUACUGAGAAAACAAAACUAAAACAGCUCCAGACAUAAAAAGACAACAAAAACAAAACAAAUCUGACACAAGUUAAAGUAGAAAUAAAGACGCCAGUGAAUCGUGACAAAAGGCUCACUCUUGUCACACAGUUUUAAAGAUGGUGCUCACAUUUAUUAUUUUGAUAGUUUGAUGGUUCAUUAUUUUGAUUUGAGGAAUUUUGUGUUUGUGAAUACAUUGACAAGAAAUGAAAUUAGAUUAAUAAGGAAAAUGCAUUCAUAUCAUUGUCACAGUAAUGAAAGACCCCAAAUAUAAUAUUCCUAUAAUAUAAUGGUGGGUAGAGCAGGUGUCCCAUAUAUGAAGGCAAUGUCCUUGCACCAAUGGUCACGAGCUUUAUUCCAGCCUGCUGCAUGUCAUCCUCCUUACAUGCUUAGACUGCCCUAUCUAAUAAAGACAAAAAGACAACCAAACAAAUGUUUAAAAAUGAAUAAAUAAAUAGUAAAAGCCAAGAGAAUGUUGCCAGCUAUCUUUCCACUGCACGUGUAAAAUUACAAGACCAAAGAGAGAAAUUUACAUGUGACUCAUUAACUUUUUAAAGAAAUGUUCCACUGGAUAAAAGCUACGGAUCAAUUUAAUAAAACAUCCUUUACCUUAUUUGUUAGAAGAAACUUUUGUAGCAAGGACCAAACCUUUCUUUCAGUCAAUGUCAGUAACAAAAUGACUCCAAUAAAGUGCUGCUGCAGGUUGACAUUGUUAAACAUGUAGGUACAUACUGUACAUGAAAUAAUGUUUUGUACAGUGCUUUGUGUCUCACUGCAUCAUCCUGCGAUCAUGUGAUUACGGAUCUCUUUGAAUCUGUGUAAGUAGCUGACUCUUCUUCCUUUGCAGAGAUGACAAGGUGUCAGUCGGUGGUAGCUACAAUCAAGAAUCAAGACAUCAAAAAUCAGCAGUGACAGUGAGCAGCUUGUGUCCUGUUCAGCACAUCAUCAAUAAGUUCAUCAUUGGCAUUGUCAGUUAUCAUAAUAAUCAAUAAAGACUCAGUAAUGAAACCUCUAUGUGGACUGAGUUUGAUCUGAACUGCAUCAGUCUUAAACUGACCGCCGCUCGUGAAGCACCGGUAGACCCCGGAAGAAGAAUGGUCCACGCGUGACUCGUUAACAUUUGGGUUGCCAGGUUUAGGUAUACCCGGGAUAUGAACGUUAUUCGAGGGAUGUUAAAGAUUUGAUAUGAUUGAUAAAAUAUUUUGCUGAUUGAGUUGUUCAACGCCUCGGUUGCCAAACUGUAUCCUAUUAAUGCGACUUUAUAGAUCUGUUAAGUUACACUACAGAUACCAGACAUGAAUUAUAUUAGAGGACUCAUCAGCAACAUAGGCUGUAUUAGACAACCUCUUUAAGUUUAAUGUGGGCAUAUCUCUAAACCAGAAAGAUACAAUAAUCACUUGAUGG